UCCCUCAAGCGCAAGCGCUCCACGGCCCUCACGCCCCCACUCUCCGCCGCUGACGCGGACCACUCCCCCGCGCUCUCGACGGCCCUGCACGUCCUCGCGACAGAAGCAACAGCGCUGUCCUACAUAACGCGACUCUACGAGACGUCGCCCGUCGCGAAAACAGGGCUCCUGGGCGCCAUUGACGCCGUCGAAACCGCGCUCGCAGCAGGCGGCAAGGUGGUUGUCAGCGGGGUGGGCAAGAGCGGGCUCGUGGGGCGCAAAACCGUCGCGACGCUCAAGAGCCUGGGGCUGGCAGCGUCGUUCCUGCACGCGGCGGAAGCAGUGCACGGCGACCUCGGCGACGUGCAGCCGCGCGACGUCGUCGUCAUCAUAAGCUUUUCGGGGCGCACGGCGGAGCUGCUGGCCCUGCUGCCGCAUCUCCCGCCUGCGGUGCCUGUGAUUGCCCUCUCCGGCCAUGUCAAGCCCGAGUGCUGCCCGCUGCUUGAGGGCAGGAGCCCCGAGUUGGGCAUCUUGCUCCCGGCGCCUGUGCAUGAGGCCGAGGAAACGAGUUUCGGCGUUGCGGCGCCGACGACGAGCACGGCGGUCGCGAUGGCGCUGGGCGAUAUGCUGGCGAUUGCGGCGGCCGAGCGCGUGCUUGGUGAGGCGGUGGGAGAGGUGUUUCGCGGGAAUCAUCCCGGGGGCGCUAUUGGUGCGAGGGGCAGG